AUUUGCUGUUUCGCUACCUGGUUAGUCCAACCCGAAAAUGUCAUCGUUUCUCUUUCGCUACGCCGCCCGUAAAUCUGCCGGCGGCGGCGGCGGCGGCCCCAAUUUCCGGCAGGCCUUGUGUUAUUCCCUCUCCCUGCUCGACGGCUCGACUGUCGGCGCAUUGUCGGCAAGUGCGAAGCCUGAAUUCUCGAAUAAUCAGCUUCUGCGCCACUUCUCGCGUUUCUCUCGUCUCGCUUCUAGUUCCGACUUCCCGCGGGAAAUUGCGAGGCCGAGCGGCCUGAAUUUGAGGUUCGUGGGGAGGAUUUCGACGCUAUCGAACAAAGAAAAUCGAGGCCAAGGGGAGGAGCCUUUGAAGGCGGAGGUUUCGUGGGUUGAUCUCUACUUACCGAGAUAUGUACGGCCUUACGCCAAGCUCGCGCGGCUCGAUAAGCCGAUUGGGACUUGGCUACUCGCUUGGCCUUGUAUGUGGUCAAUUUCGAUGGCGGCUCAGCCCGGGCAUCUACCGGAUAUAAAGAUGAUGACUCUGUUUGGCUGUGGGGCGUUGCUUUUACGAGGAGCUGGUUGCACGGUUAAUGACCUUCUCGACAGGGAUAUUGACACCAAGGUAGAGCGCACAAGGUUAAGGCCGAUUGCUAGUGGUCUUUUGACACCAUUUCAGGGGCUGUGUUUCCUCGGCUCUCAAUUGCUUUUGGGUCUUGGAAUUCUCCUUCAACUGAAUGAUUAUAGCAAGAUUUUGGGAGCAUCAUCAUUGUUACUGGUUUUCUCAUAUCCUCUCAUGAAGAGAUUCACCUUUUGGCCUCAAGCGUAUCUGGGUUUAACGUUUAACUGGGGAGCUUUGUUAGGUUGGUCUGCGAUAAGAGGAAGUCUAGACCCAGCUAUUGUGUUGCCACUGUAUGCGAGUGGAGUGUUCUGGACUCUCGUGUAUGACACUAUAUAUGCACAUCAGGAUAAGGAAGACGAUCUGAAAGUGGGUGUUAAAUCUACAGCAUUGAGAUUUGGGGAUUCAACUAAGCUAUGGAUCACAGGGUUUGGAAUUGCAUGCGUUAGCAGUCUUGCUGUCAGUGGAUUUAAUGCCGAUCUUGGAUGGCCAUAUUAUGUAAGUUUAGCAGCAGCAUCCGGACAAUUAGCUUGGCAGAUUCAGACGGUCGACCUAUCCAGUCGAGCUGAUUGCAACAGGAAAUUUGUGUCGAACAAAUGGUUUGGGGCUAUCAUCUUCAGCGGGGUUUUAUUCGGCAGACUCCUGCAGUAGCGAUAAAUAACUCACCGAAUACAUGUACACAGGACUCAGGAGUAAUGCUUGCACAUCCCUGAUCACAGGUCGAGGUGAAAUAUGGGAAUGAUGGUCGUGUAAGUGUCAAAGAAGGCUCUUGGCCUCAUCAUGGCUGGUGUCUAAGAAGGUAGAGUCGCAAAAGGCCCAUAAUUAACUGGGUUAGGUUUUCAUUCAUUAGUGACAAAUCGAUGGCAGAAAAGAAGCAGGAUUGUUUUCCAUUGUAUCAGUUUAAUUAAGAAAAACUUCUGAUUCGUUCAUUCAAGUAAGGCAUCAAUAACUUUUUUGGGAAUUUGUUAUAAACAUAAGCUGAUAUUGAUAUUUGACAAAAUGGUCAUAUUCUAUA